GAUACAAGGCGGCGCCACAGCGGCGCUUCGAUCGCAACCCUAGCUUGGCGCUUGUAAGCGGCAUCUGUCAAAAGUAAAAGCAAAGCGUUCUGUCUCUGUCCUUGUACAGCCCUCAGCAGCAAAGCUGAAAACAAUUGUUUCAGCACCAUGUCGGCGGCCGAAGUCGAACAGACCAACGGAAACUUCAUCGAUGACCACAUUCGCACACUCAAGUUGCAAAGCCAUGUCGGAUUUGACAGCCUCCCUGAACAGCUGGUUAGCAAAUCCGUACAGCAGGGCUUCCACUUCAACAUUCUUUGCAUAGGUGAAACUGGUAUAGGGAAGUCAACCUUGAUGGAGUCGCUGUUCAAUCGUUCAUUUGAAACUACGCAAAGCCCCCACAACUUAUCCAAUGUGGUGCUGAAGCCAAAGACUUUUGAAUUACAAGAAAGCAACGUCAGGCUCAAGCUGACAAUUGUGGACACUGUUGGCUAUGGGGAUCAAAUCAACAAGGAAGACAGUUUCAAGGCCAUUGUGGACUACAUCAAUGCCCAAUUUGAAAACUACCUUCAGGAAGAGCUUAAGAUCAAACGUUGCCUGUCACUGUACCACGAUACCCGUGUCCAUGCUUGCCUCUACUUCAUUUGCCCAACAGGACAUGGGCUCAAGUCCAUUGACCUGGUGUGCAUGAAGAAACUGGACAGCAAGGUGAACAUCAUCCCCAUAAUUGCCAAGGCUGACACCAUUUCCAAGACAGAGCUACAAAGGUUCAAGAUUAAGAUAAUGAGUGAGCUCGUCAGCAAUGGAGUUCAGAUUUACCAGUUCCCAACAGACGAUGAAUCAUCGGCCGAACUAAAUCAGAGUAUGAAUGCCCACGUUCCACUGGCUGUCGUAGGGAGCACAGAUUUUGUCCGAGUUGGAAACAAGAUGGUCCGAGCACGCCAGUAUCCUUGGGGAACUGUUCAAGUGGAGAAUGAGAACCACUGCGACUUUGUGAAGCUUCGUGAGAUGCUUCUGCGGACAAACAUGGAAGACCUGAGGGAGCAGACGCACACGCGCCACUAUGAACUGUAUCGGCGCAUGCGAUUGGAGCAGAUGGGCUUCACAGACAUCGGCACCGACAACAAGCCGAUCAGCUUUCAAGAAACCUACGAACAGAAGCGGCAGGAGCACCUCACUGAACUGCAGCGAAAAGAGGAUGAAAUGCGCCAGAUGUUCGUGGUUCGGGUCAAGGACAAGGAAGCCGAGCUCAAGGAAGCUGAAAAGGAGCUGCACGCCAAGUUUGACGCAUUGAAGAAACAGCACGCCGAGGAGAAACGCAAGCUAGAAGAAGAGCGCAAACGGCUCGAGGACGAAAUUCGUCAGCUCAAUGACAAGAAAGCCCUGGUGCAGCAGGUGCAGAGCCACUCCUCUCACACGCUCACCCUGGGCAAAAGCAAGAAGAAGUGAUGUCUGCUCACACCAGGCUGGCACAUCACACCACUCUGCUUGUCACCAAGGGAACCAAGGGUGCUUGAUGAAACUCUGGGGUGUGCUCUUUGUUCUGCUCACCAUCGUGUCAAGCAGAGGGUAAGUUAUGGCUGCGGCUGUUGGCAGGUCCUGGUAAUGUUGCCAAAUGUCCUCGCGUGCUGUCUUUCUAGAGUGCGAAGUAACAACGCGGUUGGUGUGGCUCUUUUGUAAGUGCUGCUUCUUUGAAGUGAACCUCGGCACGUCCGUCUCAUCCUGCAUGUCACAUCAAAGAGAGGAGGAAGCAUAGCUAUGGCUCAUGGCCGACUCUAAUAGUCUUGUCAAAGCGUCCUUGCAUGCCGUCCUCUCUCUGGUGCAAUGUUGUCAGUGCCCUGUCUUGUGAAAGCAACUUCUUUGAUGAAAUGGCAUGUCUGUUCUUAGACAACAUUAACAGGUUGAAAGGUCAGUGACGAUGCAGUUUUUUCUAACUUACAAUGGUGGAGAGUGAAUGGUUUGGAAAGGUUCACAUUGAUAGUGAUAUUAGCUUACUGGUGCAGUGUAAGUGGUUCGCAUUGGAAACGAGCAGCUUACAGUGAAGGCUGAACGAACAAAUAAUUUGUGUUCUUUUCUUUCUUGAAAUGAGGGUAAGACCAUACUUGUGAGCACCUUUUUUGUAAAUGCAUAAGCUGCUAGAGUUUUCUUUAACUGGAGCUUGUGACUUUGUCACAAGUGCACAACUGAGUAAAUUCAUGUUUUUCUAUACAUCAUCACACAGAUCCAUGAGAGAGAGAAUUGUUUCGAAUUUUUUUCCUUUUGCAGAAUGUACAUAUGUGCUCUUUCCUUUGUCAUGUUAUAGUGUAUCAACAUACGAAAUGUGAAUGCUGUGGCAUCCAUUGUCAGCCAAAGUUUCAACUACGGCAUGUGAACCUGUGGCCAUAUUCUUGAUUGGUAGCUUCUGGGAACUACAACUUUCAGUGUGGUUUGGUUGGCUAUGCCAGCAGAAGUGGACCUUUAGAAAAGAAUGGCGUAUUUCUCCAUCACAGUUAUUUUCAUGUGGCGUAGUUCUUGGCUGCUUUGACAGGGUGCCCAUCUUGCCAGAAAAGCAUUGCACUUGACAUUGCGUCGCACAAAAGUGAAAUUAUCCCCAGAAGUGACCAAAUGACAGUAUGAUCCUUUCUGUGAAACUCCAGCACCUUAGAGCAGCUGAACCAGAUUGGCACUAGUGCUGCUUUUCAGCUGGUCUAAGACAAUGCAGGUUAUGUGGCAGGCUGGAUGUACUUUGUUUCAAAUUUUCCUUUCUUUUUAGUCCAGUUGGAAUGUGUCAACUUAAGCUUGGCGGGACGAACAAAAUUGUAGGAACUUCAAAAAGCAUGGUAAAAUCUGAAGUGAUGGUGAAAAUAACGAGUGCCACAUCAACAGAAGCUACCGUAUGCUUCCUACAUACCUUUCAUUGCUUUUUUUUCUUUAAAUAGCUUUUGUUGCUUGCACCUUGUCAAUCGUGAGGUUGUCUCAGAACGCGAGAACUUCCUCAGCACUAGCAGAUGUAGCAAGGUGUUGCCUAAAUGGCACAUCUUGCACCUCUGCAGAUUGAACCUGCUAGUUAUUCUUCUCAGAAUAUCUGAACUCAUGUGGUUUGAUAAGAGCUUAACCCAUUCUCUUGUUUUAGCAUUGAGAGUUCUUUAUUCCAUGUUCUCAAAGCUGUUUACUUGUGCUGAUAAGCUUUCAGGUAUGAGUGUACCGUGCUCUAGGCGAAUGCAGCGUGCAUCCAAAGGCUAACAUACGCUGUAGCUUGCAGAAAAACCUAUGCAAACAUGGAGUGUUUUCAGAUCAAAUUGAAUUUUAUUUACAACUGCCAUUUUUUUAUUGUUAACUUGUAUUGUUUCAUGUUCUACUGUGUUGAUCCCUAACAUGGAAGCGAGUUUAGUAGUAGUGAAGUCGGGUAUCGAAUAUUUUACAGCACACGGUUCCACUUUGCAAUGCCAGUGCUAGAAGUGCAUUAUACUGGCUGCCUUGUACAUGCUGCUGUGGUAGGUGACACUCUACUUUUUAGCUGCUUAAGUUCCUCAUCAGGUGGGGACGUCUCUAUGUUCUAGUAAAUUAUUAUAGAUGUGUAGACUGCCUACUUAUGAGUGGGCGAGGUGGCAACUGCUACGGGGAUUUAAUGUAGCAGGAAUUUGCCAUUUUAGGUCCAAAGACUUGUUGCUUCAUUUGUUGUAUCGUUCUGCCGCAGGAGUUUUUCUUGUAGGUUUUACGUUAGGAUAGUUUCCAGUAACAGUUUUCUUUUAUGCGGACAAGAGACGCACAGUGACUUACUUAUGUUUAUACUAUUUAUGUGGGUCCUUCACAAGGAGUAUAUCCAGAGGACUAAUCAAUUGUGUCCUUCGUGCACUUGGCCAGGGACAGUGGCAUUCUGCUGCCAAACUGGAGGUUGCGGGUUCGCAUUGUGGCUGAAGCAGCCACACUUCAGCAGACAGAAUACAGAGAUAUCGGCACACAUUAAAGAGCCAGGUGGUUGAAACAAGAGAGUGAGUGCUCUUGAGUUGAAAACGGAAAGGUUUGCUGGCAAAGGAGUACUCACCUACAUGCCACUUUGCUAGGGAGGGGAAAUGUGCAGACGGGAGGAAAUGAAAGAAUUGUGUGCUUAGUGACCUUCACUUGAGCCCUUCCCUCAGUCAUUAGAACUAAGACAUCUUGAAAGGAAUCUGCUGCCCCCUUUAUGUGAAGAUGUAGUAAGUGUUCCUUUGUGAGGAUUGAUUGAUUGAUUUUAUUUUGCAGUACCCUCAGGGUAUAAAUGCAUUACAUGAGGGAGGGGGCAUACAUAGAAGAAAUAACAGAAAAAAAGGGAUAACCAUAGAGAGCAGGUUACACAUUUAAAGUUAAAAGAAAGCAGGAAAAAUAACCAAUCAUACAGUAGUUUUGCAGCAGACUUAAUAGCUAAUUUUUAAAAACACUAGGAUCAUUUAUGUUCAUUAUGGAAACAUUGUAUUUCACCGUGUGAGUUUUAGACUUUGGCCAUUUUGGCAUAUGAUUUUAGUCUGACAUAUUAGGUCUGUCUAUGGAAUUGGUGUUCUGCUGUAGAACUGGUUCUUGGCUCUGGUUAACGUAACGAUUGCACUCAAUCCAUUUUGCGCUUUGUCAAUGGUCCGCACGAUGCUCUACCUAUGUUAUCAGGAUUGGCCAAUCAUGAGCAGUGAAUGAUAAGAAAGGAAUAGAAUCAAGCAAAAGGAAUUGCUAGAUCAUGCCCACCUUAACUCUCUCUUUACUUAAAAAAAUUCAGAUUUUCACUGGUUUUGUUUUAUUUUUAUGUGAACUAGUAGCUGUUGCAACAUAUACUGUCAUAUAUCAAGUCAUAGCUUUAUUGUCACGCUGAAUUAAGACAAAGCAGAAGUAAUCAGUCAGUGUUUCGAAACAUGUUUUGUAAACCUUCAGAAGAGCACUGACAAAACCACUUACUUUUGAUUUUUACUCAUAAGCGUGGCAAACACAAAGUGUAGUCUUCAAGCUAUACAGGGAAUAGUGUGCCUUGUAGAUACAAUCUUAUGUGAAUGAAUGGUUGGCAACAUGUUGAAAACCCACAGUGAAAUUGAUCAACUUCCUAUACCACAGUUCAGAAAGAGAAAGUCAAGGUGUUAUGCUUAGUCUCUAAGUACCAGCGUGGUUGUACAUAAUGUUGGUUGCCUCUUUGUCUUGAUGCAACAGCAGGGGUUCACAUGUGGAAAAAGUGCUGGCGGCAAAAUUACUGGGCUGAUUGUAAUGUGAGAAAUAGGCAUAGUUUGCUUCACCCUUCUGGUGCGGGGCAUGUGGUGCGAGGUCAGUUGUGAAAAUUCAACUGCAUGGUUAAGACAGUGAGCUCAGCAUGGCUACAACCAAAACAGUGUUGGUUUGGUGUUCAUGCAUUGAAGUUCUCAGCUGUACCCCUUCGCUUUGACAGGUAUGAUUUGUAUUGUGUGACACGUUGGUAUUGAUGAGAGCUGAAAAUGAAUGACAAACCUUGCCUGUAUUGUGUAUGCUUAAGGUUGGCAUAGAGGAAGAAAGAGCAUUGUUCUAUAGACUUUCCUGCACGGCCAAUUAUCUGAAAUGGCCAAUUAUCAAAUAUUUUCUACUUAAUUGUUAUACAACUGGCAAUUACAAAUUUUUAAUAUUGCGCAGUUCAAAGUAAGCAGCAUCCUUCUUUCGCUAUGCACUUCUAUUGUUGCCUGUGCUUCUUGCUACAUUUAACUUAGUUCAGGGCAUUUAGAAUGGUAUGUUUGCUACCAAUCAUUGUGGCAAUCCAAGAGCUCCACAAGCGCACUGUGGGAAACAUAUAAGCACAAGGGACAAAGUAUGUCAGCUGCUUGCAGCAGCAGUGUGCUGUAAAAAUGCACUUGCAGUGGGAAACUGCUGUAAAAAACAGCUAUAUGCUCAUUGGUGAAUACCUUUCAUCAAUUCUGGCUAUCAUUGUCAUUGGCUGAGAUUCCACGUCACAGUGCCAUCUGGAUGGAGCAGAGUGGGCGAAUCGGAACACCUGCUGCGAUAUCGCACAAGGUGUUGCAUGAGGGUAGAGGACAUUGCCGUGACACCACGUCGCCAUUGCACUUCGACGGAGCAGAUACAGCGACGCGGCACCGUGGGGCAAGACGACCUGUCGUCGGUGAGGCUUCUCGAGUGACAUGCGCAUGAGAGUGCGGCCGUCUCGGUCUCUGAAGCUGGCGCCUGGUUUCUAUCUUUCUCGCCCAUACUGGGCUUAGCAGCCGUGUGGGCCUGCCGGCCUUGGUGGCAGUUGCUGCUUCCUCGGUUUUGUCAUGCAGGACCUCAGUGGCAUACAGCGUCCUUGAUUUCUCAGCGAUAUUGUCCAAGCGACUGCGGCCUACAGCCAACAUGCUAAUGUAGGAACUUUACAAAAAAAAAGAAAUAACCCACACCAUUUAAUCGCAAAACUCUAUAACAUACCUUGCAGCAAAACUCAAAAACUUUACUCACAGCGCAAAACUAGAAGGACCACUCAGUGGCGUUCAAUAGGACAUUAAUGCUUUUGCAUUCACAGCUCAUAAGAAGUUCUUAGGCGUCCUCAGAUUUUUUAUUUCGGUGUUCGUUAAUUGGCUAGUCUUGCCAAAUAGGAUCGCCUAAAAGGAAUCGUGCAUCUCUGCUCAGCAUCAUUUUUACAUUGUGUAGUUGAGUGCAUUGACAGAAUAGUACAUACUAUCACUUGGGUAUCAUGAAGGAUAUUGUGCCACAGAAAGGUGAAAAUAUCCCAGAAAAUGAUUGAUUGACCACCCGCUUUUCGUUGUGAUCUGUGCUGAGUGGAUUAAGGUACCUUGAUUGCAGUGGAGAUGGGACGUGCACUUGCGUUGUCUUGCAUUUCGCGUGUGGCCAUACCAGUUAAUCUAGGUAGUCCACUUAGUGCAGAUUGCACUUAUAAGGCUCGGGUAGACAGCUGAUUGCACAUGAAAUGUGUAUGUUUAGUGACUGUUGACCUUGCAUACAUUGUUGGUGGUUUUCACAGCUGCUUUGUUUGUGUGAAGCGGUAUGAAGGCAGGCAAGUUUACAGCUUCAAUUGGAGCACACCUGUGUUUUCAGCAUUGCAUGCGAAAAAUGAUAUGUGCUGUAAAGGAAUCAUGAUUCAGAGGUCCUUUCUGUGGUUUCUGACAUUUUCUUUCUGUGGUCGCUUAAAUGCCUAUAUCACUCCUGGAUAUUGUCCAAUUUGUUUUGUAUUGUAUUGCAAGUGAUCAAAGUUUGCCCUUUGUAACAUUAACAGGUGGUUCUAACAUAUGGUAGUUGCUGAAAAUGUCAUUGGUUCACAGUUUACAGUGACCUGAUAGUUUUUCAGUGUUUUGCCAAACUUGGGACAAGGACGAUGUACUGUUUAACAUAGGUAUUCCAGAAAUGGGAUGUAACAGAGGUAGAAUUUUUUCAUGUCUCCUUUAUAAUACACUGAACUGCAUGCUUGUAUAAACUUUAUCUGGAGAUUGCUCACAAACUGUUUUCAUCUCCCUUUACAUUCCCUUACGGUGGUGUGUUGCUACCAUGAGUGUGAGUGGUACUGAUACGUAUACUUUUGUACAAAACAAAAGGAAAACCUCCAGCUAUAUAACUUGAGAUUUAAAAGCCUAAAAUUCUGCUUGCAUUUAUCUUGCAGAUCUUAAGUGUCCUUGGUCCUUGUGCUCUGUGUCAUCCUGUGUGCUUCAUACCUAGUCACUGUAUAAACUGUGCUAUUAAAGGAACUCUCAGAA